AUGGCUCAUGACAAUAACGCCGCGGUGCUUGACGUGGACGAUGAUGAUGUUCAUUCAGAAGUGGGAAGUGAAGGUCAAAAUCUCACACACCGUCUCAUCUUCCAGAGCGUAGCCUCAUUAAGUACCAGUCUUUGCAAUUCUCUUCUUGAUUGCCGUCUUGAAAACGGCAGGACCUAUCACCGAUACAAGGAUGGUAGUAUGUGA